GUCCUGUGGGGCCGCAGGGCUGAGAGUUUCUCCUCCGCUCCUCAUCCCUCCAUCCAAGGCCCGCCUCUCUUCCUCUUCUCCUCCUCUCUUUGGGGAAAAGAAAAAAGACACUUUGCUCGCGCUCGAUUCGCCGUCCGGACCCCGCUCUGUUUUUCUUCUCCUUUUCUCUGAGGAUUUUAUUUCUCUUUUUCCAUUUUUUUUUCUUCCUCCUCCUCCUUCAUUUCCGUCUCUGCGGGUUUGAAGAUGUCGACUGUCGGGCGAGUUUUAAAAAAAUCUCUGAACUAACUUGCACGCUGGGAUUUUUUUUUCUGCGCUUCGUUCAGAGAAAAACCGACAAAAAGUUGUGCAGACAUUUAAAAAGUCUUUAAAGUUUUGCUUUUGCUUUAUUUCUUCAUCCUCUUAUUUUUCUGUCUCAGAGGUUUUCAGAAAAUGCCAGAAGCGUGAGCGUUUCUCUCCGUCCUGUAGAGCCCCAGUUUUUUUUUUCCUGAACUUUGCCCUUCUUCUUCUUUUUGUUUUUCUUUUCCUUCUUUCUUUUUGCUUGAGUGGCCGGUGUUUCCGAGGCCCCGAUGAUGUUCGGGAUCCAGGACAACUUGCCCCGGGGGGCCACGGCCAGCAUGAAGGAGGAGCCGCUGGCGGUCCGCUCCUGGAUGCACUCGGCCGGCGUGGUGGACGCCAACACGGCUGCUCAGAGCGGGGUGGGGUUAGCGCGAGCCCACUUUGAGAAGCAGCCCCCGUCCAACCUGAGGAAGUCCAACUUCUUCCACUUCGUGCUGGCGCUGUACGACCGGCAGGGCCAGCCGGUGGAGAUCGAGCGCACCGCCUACGUCGACUUCGUAGAGAAGGACAAGGAGCCGAGCGGAGAGAAAACCAACAACGGGAUUCACUACAAGCUGCAGCUGCUCUACAGCAACGGUGUGAGGACUGAGCAGGACCUCUUCGUGCGCCUCAUCGACUCCAUGACCAAACAGGCCAUCAUCUACGAGGGUCAGGACAAGAACCCAGAGAUGUGCCGAGUUCUCCUAACACACGAGAUCAUGUGCAGCCGCUGCUGUGAUAAGAAGAGCUGUGGAAACCGUAACGAGACGCCGUCAGACCCCGUCAUCAUCGACAGGUUCUUUCUCAAAUUCUUCCUGAAGUGUAACCAGAACUGUCUGAAGAAUGCAGGAAACCCACGAGACAUGAGGAGGUUUCAGGUGGUGGUCUCUACGACCGUGAACGUGGACGGGCAUGUCCUCGCUGUGUCCGACAACAUGUUCGUACACAACAACUCCAAACAUGGCCGCCGAGCCCGAAGACUGGACCCAUCUGAGGCAGCCACUCCAUGUAUAAAAGCCAUCAGUCCCAGCGAGGGCUGGACGACGGGCGGAGCCACCGUCAUCCUCAUUGGCGACAACUUCUUUGACGGUCUCCAGGUCGUCUUUGGCACCAUGCUGGUGUGGAGCGAGCUCAUCACCCCUCAUGCCAUCCGGGUCCAGACUCCUCCCCGCCACAUUCCUGGGGUGGUAGAAGUCACGCUGUCCUAUAAGUCCAAGCAGUUCUGUAAAGGAGCACCGGGACGCUUCGUCUACACAGCGCUGAAUGAACCCACCAUCGAUUAUGGCUUCCAGAGGUUACAGAAGGUCAUCCCCCGUCACCCCGGAGACCCAGAGAGGCUGCCCAAGGAGGUGUUGUUGAAGAGAGCAGCUGACCUGGUGGAGGCGCUCUACGGCAUGCCUCAUAACAACCAGGAAAUCAUCCUGAAGCGGGCGGCGGACAUCGCUGAAGCUCUCUACAGUGUUCCCAGGAACCACAACCAGAUCCCGACACUUGGCAACACCACCUCACACGGCAUGAUGGGAGUGAACUCCUUUGGUGGACAGCUGGCCGUCAAUGUCUCUGACACGACACAAGUCGGUUACAGUCGGAACACCAGCAGCGUGUCCCCGCGAGGAUAUGUACCCAGCUCCACCCCUCAACAGAGUAACUACGGCAACAGCAAUAGUAUGAACGGCUACGGCAACACCGGCAUGCCAAACCUCGGCGUGGCGACGUCACCCGGUUUCCUCAACGGCUCCUCUGCCAACUCGCCCUACGGCAGUAAGUAUCAAGUCGUUCCCUCCAGUCCCACAAUGGCCGUGUCCAACUGUAACUCUUCCCACGGAGUUUUCUCAUUCUCUGCUGCCGUCAAACAGAAGAGCGCCUUUGCUCCUGUCGUCCGGCCGCAAACUUCACCUCCUCCACCCAACUGCUCCGGCAGCAACGCCAACGGGCUGCAAGCCAUGUCUGGCCUCGUCGUUCCUCCCAUGUAGAACUUCCUCGUCCUUCCUUCCUUCUCACCUCUCACCUCUCUCCUCCCCCUCAGCCACCUGCACCAAUCACCUCAGAGGGGGAGGGGCCUGUGGCCUGAGAGAACGGUGCCUCAGGCAGCAGUGUCGAUCCUGUGGGUCACGUGAUUGCACGGCGCACCCGGUCUGUAGUGAAGACACUGAAACGGACCUUUUGUACAGCAGAUUUAUGUAAACCAUGCUGAUGUGCUGGGGGGUGGGGUCUGUUGCUGUGUCCUGUGACAUCACUUCCUUAACUUGUCUUGUAAGUUUGCUUGACUUAGAACAAGUACAAAUAAAAAAAUGUGUUCUGAAGAUAUAAGAAAUUAAAGGCCACAAAUGACAAAAAAAACCAUGCUCGUAUCAAACUUCAAAACACGAUAAGAUCAGAUUUGUUUCCAUGUCAACCGCUAGCAGGGGCAGGGGUGAUGGUAGCUUCAUGAGGUUUGGGUAGCAGGCUAGAUGCACAUUACCUAGAUCCACAGAGGAGAUCUCAGGCCCAGUUGGACUGUCGGUUAGCCUGUAGCUAGUUUAGCUGUAGCUUAACAUAUUGCUUCGUAAACCUCAACAUGUCAAGUUUAAACUUCAGCUAAGCUUGAAGUUAAACAUGACUGUACCAUUACAAGGAUAUGCUCAGGUAAUUCAAAAUCAAACUGCCUUGAUCCAAGAAGUACGCUAUGAAGUUAGCAUUAGCUCUGCAGAAUCAGUACCGCUACAUGACAUUUAAUCAGUUAUUUUACCAACAAAACUCUUUUCACAAUUGCCAAGUUAUCACUAAAGUGAGUUGAUGGGAUAUUUUACUUCAACCACUGAGAAAAAGGCCAAUAUCUACAACCAGGAACAACAUGAAUGUAUGUUAUUAGUCUAAAAUUAAAAUGAUCAAAGGCCACACGACGCGUUUCUGAAGUGUGUAAUAAUCCGGAUAAAUAAAUGAGACACUACGAACCUAGAUUUAGAGGCAGCCCCAUUGUUUUGGUCUGCAGUUAGAUUUCAUAUCCAUGACAACUGUACACGGGAAUAUUUAUGUUCCUCAUCAAGUAAAAUUAUAUAAAAACUGGUCUGGAAGGUUCUGGGCUGGUCUGGAAGGUUCUGGGUUGGCAGCUGUUUUCAUCCCUGGUUAAGGCUGGCCACCAGGGCUCACUGGAGGACUGCAGCUGGACUGGUUCUAGCUCGUCCUUCUGGCCCGCACCUCAGAUCAUUUCAGGACCCUUCCAAGUUGAAUAACCAGACCACGAGCCACGUGCGUAAGAAGACGGUCUCCUGCCAGUUGGCUAGUUGUUCCUCAGUCAUCUAGUCCGCCAGGCUUCACUAACCCGUGCACGCCCUCGACCAGACCACCAAGGAACCACUUCUGUUAGUCUUCAUUUCAGUGCCAGUGGCUCUGGUUUCAAACAUCGUUUUGGUAGCAACAUCAGAAAUAAGGAUGUUUGGACAGAUUUGAUCAGAAUGAAUGUGGAGUAAUAUUAAUCAACGUCAUAGUUUAGCAUUAUUAAGCCAGCUGAAUUUAAAUAGUUCACUUGUGGUAACUGAGUUAAGGUGGACGUGUCCAAGAUUCCAGUCUUGCUCGUCAUACCCAUUUAUCAAUUAAUGGAUUACCUGAGGUUGGGCAAGGGACCUCAGACGCAGUCUUUAACUCUUUAACUCUUUUCAAAACCAUCACAGCGGUUUUGUCCAGUUCUUCUCUACAGUUAUGAAGGUCAUAAAAGGUCACGUCUUCAUGUCACGGAGGUUUACGCUCCUGUUAAUUUCUCACCCUCAGGUAAGCUAGCAGCAGUGCAGAUGGCCCGCAGGUUUACCAGAUCCAAAAUCCACUUCAGGGUGGACCUCAUUGUGUCCGUUAGCAGCAUUAGCAUGAUGAUGCUAACCUAGAACUCUAAGGGCCUGAUUUACUAAGAUCCUAAAUAAAGAGUACUAAAUUGCGUGUGCACUGAAAACGUUUGCACGUGUUGUUGUUGUGUGUUUUGCGGGUGAUCAACUAAGAAUGCUUGCGCAAUUGAUAACAGGUGCAAACCUCAGUAUUUAAAUGAGGUGUUGCGUCUUACGGAUUGCGCCAUGGAGAGUCUGGAUGGAAAGCAGGAUAGUCGCAAGCGCAAAAUGAAAUUUGACGAGUUGGAGUUAGAGAUAUUAGUGGAAGAGGCAAAUAAACACAUUCAUGAACUACAGCAAAGAAAUUUAAACAUUACCAAAAGAAACGCAAUAUGGGAGAAAAUCUGCGAUAGAAUAAAUGCAGUUGGUAACACAAAAAGAACGGCAGAUGAGGUUAAAAGAAGGUGGCAAGAUAUAAGGCGAAGAACUAAAGAAAAAGUGGCCUUUAAUAAAACUUGUGCAACCAUUUUUAAAAUAGCAUGCAGCAGAAUAAAGACUCUCUCUCUGCGUAUUCUUUGAUUUUGGCGAUGUCGCCUCCUUGCCACAAUAACAGCAGCAUCAGAUUAGCACCUUCCUUUCGAACGUAUUAAAUACACAAUCCCCGCAAUUACUUUCAGGCUUAGUAAAUCUCAUUGCGUGUUGUAAAUGAACCUAUUUGCAUUUUCCCCUCCCAGUAUUUAGGACUUUCUGGCGGGUACGCUCCAUAUUGAUUAUUCAUCAGGGCAAAAGUACUAAAUGAACAGCGUGUGCUAUUUUGCUCAUUUGAGAGGCGCAGUCCUCUUUACACGCUGUUAGUAGAUCAGCUUGCACAUUGGUUUGCGGGUGAUGUCAAGUUUGCACACGUUUUUACGCACGCAAACCUUUAGUAAAUCAGGCCCUAAGUGUCAACAUGUUUUCGCUCCAGCUCAGAAAUCAAUUCUGAGAGGGGUUCAUUUGGGGCCUUUAAUCUUAUCGUAAAGUCGGCACAGAUUUUCCACAAAUGAGGAAAAUAAAGCUUUAAAUUAAUAAAUAAAACAUGGAUGAAGAUAAAAAUGUGGCUGUCAUAAGCCCCGCCCCUUAAUCAUUCAGUCCCACCCUUUACUUACAUUUUUCUGAUGCUCGCACUGUAAAAAGAAAUCCUGCAUCCUGGUUUGUUGCUGUCCUCGUCUGUCUCCUCAUCUGGAGUUCAAAGUUGUCCUCUCUUUCCCAUGCCCCGCCCUCAGCACUACAACCCCACCCCAUGUUUUCUCUGUGGGUUAAGUGUUUUUUUUUUUUCCUUCCUCCAAAGCCGUAGCUGGCGGAGUACUUCAACGUCACUGUGGUUGAAGACACGCCCCCACCCUGAGGGAAGCAGUUUUUGUAUCAUACAGAAUAUAAAUAGUGUAUUUAUAUUGGACUGUUUUUGUAUAAAUGGAUGUGCGUCACGUCGUCGUGGGGUUGUCGACUUGUGUGUGUACGUGGUGGUGCUACACUGAACAACCAUUGUUUUGUAUCAGAAAAGAAAUGUCUUCACUCAUUUGUAGAGCUGUCAAUCAAAGCUGGUGUCCAAUCAGCUGCACUUGUUUGGUUUUGAAUGUAAAUCAUGUUUUAUUGACUGUACUGAAAAACGAUUUCUUCUCACUGAAUAAAG